AUGGCAAGGCUCUUUGCUGUGUGCUUGGUUCUGCUCGCCUUCACCAUGGCCGUGGCGGCAGAUAUGGCGCCGAUGAUGGCCCCGAUGGCGGCAGAUAUGGCGCCGAUGAUGGCCCCGAUGGCGGCGCCGGCGGCCGACGCGGCCGACUGCAACAGCGACCUGCAGGACCUGGUUGCCAACUGCCAGAACUACGUCAUGUUCCCGGCCGAGCCGAAGAUACCGCCGUCGCCGGCCUGCUGCGCCGUGAUCCAGAGGGCGGACAUGCCGUGCCUGUGCGCCAAGGUCACCCCGGCGAUCGAGAAGGUCGUCUGCAUGGACAAGGUCGUGUUCGUCGCCAAAUACUGCAAGAGGCCCUUGCAGCCUGGCUCCAACUGCGGAAGCUACCCCGUUCCUGGUGCGUUCGUGUAG